GUCUUGUUCGGUAUAUCUUUAGCGAGGGACCUUGACGUGACUGAGAAUAUUAAAAAAAAAAAUGGUGUCGAGGAUUGUGUGCCUGAUGAUGAUUAUUGGGUUGACCUGUGGCGCCACCUGGAUGGGAAGACUUCCAAUGAAGCCCCGUCAACAUGCUCACAAAACAGGCUGUUUUAUCAAAGAAAUCGAUGACGUCAUACCGUUUGGUGAAAUUGUAUCUCCAGUCGGAAUAUGCUACAGGAUAGAGUGCUUGAAACAUAGACUAGAAUAUGCUUCUUGCGACGUAAUAAGUGCUGACUCAUUAAACUGUUACAUCACAGACGAAGAUCUAAGUAGACCGUAUCCAAGCUGUUGUCCACAAAUAAAUUGCGAAGAAGACAACUACCUCAUUUAGUAUAGACUUCUUCAGGAGCAAGUCUUGGGUGACAUUUACAAUUGAAGAUCUGACACUGGAGGAAUUAAGAAGACAUCGAGAUAAAGAAUAGAAUGUACGAAUUUAGUAAAGUUUUCACACGAGUCGGUUAUAACGAAUGAAGGAUAUAUCUUAAAAUAUUGGAGCACAGUUAAGACGAUAUAUUUUCACACUAUACGAAAAAAGCGAAAAUGCAUUUAGCUGAUCGGAAAAAUAUGAAAUAUAAAAAUUGAUUUGUGUAAAUAUAUUUUAUUUAUGUGUUAGUGAUUUUUUAUGUGUGAGUUAUUAUUAAUAUUUAAGACUAAGGAUGCAGGAAUUGUUCUUCAUUAAUUGUCCAACGUCAGUCUUAAAACUUUAAGGUGCUCCUGAAAAGACUAAUUGAUAGAGUUCCUUAUAAAGGAGUUAGGGAUUUAAGUAUACUCCGUCUCGAGAAGCUAUCUUGCCGCCAAAUUGUUAUUAUUUAUUUUAUUAAAUUAGUUUCACUU